AUGGUGGUACGGUGCAAGUCCAAAGAUUUUGUUUGGUUGUUGGGCUUAAUUACUGUGUUUUGGUGGAAUUUGGUUGAGCGCGUUAAAUGCUACUCUACAAAUGCAAGAGAAAAAGUGAAAUCUGAUGAGUCCUUUGAAAAGGAAGCAAGAGCUUCAGCAUCGAAUGUGGUAGAGGACACCACAACUAACAGCCUCCGCGCCCUCUUCUCCUCCUACGGUGAGCUGGAGAAGGCCGUGGCCAUCCUUGACAAGCAGACCGGUAAGUCCAAGGGCUACGGCUUCGUCACCUUCAAGCACGUCGACGACGCUCUCUUCGCCCUCAAGGAGCCCAGCAAGCUGAUCGAUGUUGGGUCAGCUCGGGACUGGGCACAAGGCUGUUCGAUUCCAGUGUCGCAGUAUGGCCAGCUGGGCUCGAUGGGCACAUAUGGCAGGUUUCCGGGUGGGCCACCGAUGGGGCAUCAUCCAUUGAACUCGACGGCAUUGGGAGGGCCAGGGUUGUCGUCGGUAAAAGAAGAAAAGUGA